AUGCCCAUAAUGGACUGCAUGCGAUGCGCCUGGAAGAAAGUGACAACCAUACCGAGACCCUUUCGCUCCUCCACCCUCUAUCUUACCUUCGUCAUCGCCUUCGCCGUCUUCACCGAGCAAUUUGUGUACGCGGCGAUCGUUCCCGUCGUGCCCUUCACGCUCAAGGAACGUGGACACAUUGACGAAGAUGAAACCCAGAAGUGGACGACCAUACUGUUGGCUGUUUCUGGAGCAGGAUGCUUUGUCAGCUCACCUCUGUGGGCUUGGUACACCGAUCGUACGCAGAAUCGGCGAAUACCAUUCCUCUUCGGAAUGACGGUGAUGCUGGGAGCGACGGUGCUGCUGUGGCUCGCUCCGAACAUGGCGGCACAAAUCUGUGGGCGCGUGUUUCAGGGUAUGUCGAGUACGGUUGUGUGGACUACGGGCCUGGCUCUGCUGGCGGAAAGUGUAUUACCUGAGCACAUUGGAGAGGCUGCUGGCUAUCUGGGCAUCUCCUUGAACGCUGGAAGUGUGGCGGCGCCGUCACUGGGCGGAACUGUCUUCAAGCAUCGGGGCUACAACGCCGUCUUUGCAGUCAUCCUUGCUGUAAUUGGCUUGAGCAUGAUGUUUCUCCUGAUCAUGAAGGAACGGGACCAUAGUCUGCACCUUGUGCGCGUCAACUCACAACAAACUGGGGAAAACGCGCUAUUGGACGUUGAACGCAAGUCGUACCCUCACAUCACAGAGCCGCAACUUGAUGAAACCUCCUCAGCCGAGGUACCUUCGACAAUGUACUCACUGCCUGCACACUCCAACAAACCCGCCAUGCUUAGGAUUCUUUGCUCAGGCCGCUUCCUGGUCGCUCUAUGGGGCGUCUUCACUCUGGCAGCAGUAUUCGCCGGCUUUGAGACAGUCCUUCCGAUCACUGUCAACGAGCUCUUUGGCUGGGAUGCCGAGGGCUCCGGAGCAGUCUUCUUGCCUCUCUCAUUGCCAGCAAUAGCAGGACCACUGAUCGGGAAGCUUACCGACAAGUACGGCGGACGCUGGUUCAUUGCCGGAGCUUACCUGGCAUUAUGUCCUGCUCUCAUCCUACUGAGACUCGUUGAGCGCAACAGCUCAAGCCAGAAAGCAGUGCUGAUAGUUCUGUUGCUGAUCAUCGGAUGCUGUCUGGCCAUAAUCCUGGAGCCUCUGUUCGGAGAAAUCGCGCAUCGAUCUCGAGAACUUUCGCAGGAGGAUCGUGAUGCGGGGAUCGAGUCUAGAACGGGAUACUACGGACAGGCUUAUGGCUUUUUCAACAUGGCUUGGGCCCUCGGCGAUACUCUCGGACCAAUUCUAUGCGGGUUCGUGGUUGAGGCACGAGGUUGGGCGAUGGGGACUUUGGCGUUGGGAGUACUUUGCGGGGUCACGGCUGUUCCUGUUGUGUUGUUUUGUGAUGGGUGGCUGCUCAAGAACAGGAAAUGA